AGUUGUGUGUCCCUUGCCAUGGCCAGCGCGCGUUAGGAAUCUGGCCGACCUACUAUGUAUGGCAGGUGCCUCUUCGCACUCUUCUCGCCUGUGAAACUUUGAUGGGAAUGACUGCUGUCGGUGAGAUUCAGUGAUUAUUAUACAACGAAUGCUGGAAUCAACCUGCAUUUCAACGUAAUGCUUGUCAGUAAUAGCUAAUAGCGAGUUUGCAACAAAGCAAACGGCGAAUGUGCUUUCUUAUAUCAGAAGUUAAUGCAGUAUGUACAACAGAUACGUUGCCAGCAAUAUGCAGUCUUCAAAGAACACAAAUCUAGACUAUUCAGGAGCAUUCUAUAAAUCUUUAUUACCUGUCCAGAAGACUAGUGCUGAGAUCAUAAAUGAAGCACGAAGUACACUAAGGACGUUAAGAACUCAAAGGCCAUUUACACCAAGAGAUGAGCGAAGGAAACUUUUUGGUUCCACCUCUUCAAGAACACCUGAAAAUAGACCACCUUCUGCUUUUAGUCUCCAUUCUUCAAGCUUUGAGUCAGUUGAAUCAAGACCUGUCUCUUGUGCACGCCUCAGCCCACUGGACCAUAAGCCAAAAUUACUGUCAUCAGCCUCUAAUUAUGAAGACGAUUGCGUUUCCCCACCUUUAUCACCAGUGGAUUCAGAGGAGAUCAGAAAAGUCAGCAAAGCUCGUGCAAGAUUGUUUAAAACUGUUUCCUGUGGAAAUCUGCUUCCAGAUAAACUAUUUCUUCCCAAUGACUGUAAGAGGCUGUAUUUUGAAGAGCAAUUUAUUCCAAGGAGUGAUCAUGAAAGUUUUUCACAAAAGCUGCCUGUCCAGUUCAGCCUCAGGGAUGCCUGUCUUCCACUAACUUAUACAGACCACCAUAAUAAGACAGUAGGAGAAAAUUUUCCCUCACAAAUGAGAAACAUACCAUUUCCAGCACAAUUCAGCAGGCAAAGUGACCAGUUUAAUAGACAAGAGUCUCCUUUAUCAUAUCCAGACUAUACUGAAAUGACUAAAUCUGCAACUAAAUCAGAAAAUAAUUUGGAAACAAAUGAAAUGGAAGAAGAGGAAGAAGAAGAAAGCUAUUGGAAAAUAAAAGUUUUACCAAUUUUACAUAUAUUACAGAUUGAAAACAAUGCAGAAAGACUUUGUGAUGCCUGUGCUAUUCUUUAUCAAACUUUGGAAGAAGGAAAUAUGCUUGGCAAGCGAUUCAAGAAGCGAAAUUUGCUAUUGAAAGUGUUAUAUAAAUUAGUUGAUGUUACUUCAGAUCCUCUUGGCUUGAAAUUAGCAAAAAUCAUUUUGGGUCUGAAAGUGAGUGGGAAGAAUCUGCUUAAUGUUUGCAAAUUAGUAUUUAAAAUCAGCAGAAGUGAAAAAAACGAUUCCCUUAUUGAGAAUGACCAAAUACUGGAUUCUCUGCUUGAGAUUCUGAGAACAGAAGACUUGCAAACAAACACUGAAGCUUUUCUUUAUUGCACUGGUGCUAUAAAAUUUAUUUCUGGCAAUGGGAGCCUCAUUAAUGAAAUGGUCAACAAGGGAGCUAUUGAAAUCCUGCUGCAAGUAAUGAGAAUGAUUAAUGAAAUUAAUGAAGAUGAUACUCGAUUUUCCAGUUCAGGACAUCUCUUGGUCCAGCUCACUGCCACUUUACGAAACUUAGUAGACUUACUUCAGUCACGGUGCAAAUUCCUUGAGUAUGGAGCAAUUCCAGAGCUCUGCCUCACAUUGGAGAAACGUAUGAGUGACAAGGAUAUAUGUAUCAAUGUGGCCAGAAUAUUUAGCAAACUUUCUUCCUUCAACGACUGCUGUGCAGCUUUGGCAGAUUGCUCCAGAUGUUAUGCCUUAUUUUUAGCCCUGCUGAACAAAUACCCAACAAAGCAGGACUUAGUUAUCCGUAUCAUUUUCAUUCUUGGCAAUUUAACAGCAAAAAACAAUCGAGCCCGGGAACAAUUCUUUGAGGAGCAAGGAAGCAUUGAUACACUCAUAGCACUUUUCAAAACUUACUGUGAAAAUGUUCCUAAUCAUAAACUGUGGAAAGAUGGCGAAAUAAAAAAUCUCAGACACCCUUCUGAAGCAGAAGACAUUCUUAUCAAGCUGAUAAGAGUGAUUGCCAAUCUAUCCAUUCAUCCAAACGUAGGCGUAUGUUUGGCAACUAAUCAUCACAUUGUGGCAUUACUUAUUACAGUGCUUGAGUGCAAGUCGGUUGAGGAAUGUGAGGAACUGGUUAUUAAUGCCAUUGCAACAAUCAACAAUUUAUCCUUUUAUCAAGUGAAAAAUUCCAUAAUCCAAGAGAAGAAAUUACAUAUAGCAGAACUGCUUUUAAAGAUGUUAAUGACCAGUCAUAUGGAUGGAAUUCUGGAGGCUAUUCGUGUCUUUGGUAAUCUUUCUCAAAACCAUGAAAUCUGCAAUUUUAUUAUACAACGAAAAGUGUACAAGUUCAUGAUUGCUUUGCUUGAUGCCAGGCACCAAGACGUCUGCUUUUCAGCCUGUGGAGUUCUCCUCAAUCUUACUGUGGAUAAAAGUAGGCGGAGUAUUUUGAAUGAAGGAGGAGGAAUUAAAAAAUUAAUCGAUUGUUUGAGAGAUUUUGGGCCCACAGAUUGGCAACUGGCUGGUUUGAUAUGCAAAACUUUGUGGAACUACAGUGAGAAUGUUACAAGUAAUGAACCCUGCUUUGAAGAGGAUGACUCAAAUGGUCUACUAGUUCUUCUUAUGACAUUUCUUGAUGAAGAACUGGCACAGACUUACAGUUUUGACAGUGACUUAAGAGAAUAUCACAAACUUUAUUGGGAAACAGAGUUCAAACCUGUGGCACAAAAGCUUCUCCAGAGAAUUCAAAAUUGAAAAUCAUUACUUGAGUUUCUAAUACUGCAUUUCAAGAUGGGUGUUGAAUCAAUCAAUGCACAAAAUCACUUCUGCAUCUGCUUUUGCAAAUCAUUUGAUAUAAAAACAUUUCAGUAUGUUUCCAUUAAAAACACCUUUUGUUUAAUUUUUCUACAUAGCAUGUACAUUCAUUGUAGAAUACCUUUUUCUUAAAUUUCCAGUGGAUUUAGGAAACAUAAAAAUAAACUAAUUGCAACAACUGAAUUGAGUAUCUUUUUGAUUUAACUUUAUAAUAUGCUUUAUAUUUAAGAUUUUAUAAAAGAUUGCAAAAAAUAGUACCAUGGUUAUCAAGUAUAGAUCAAGGAAUUCAGACAGCAUUCAUUGUUAAAUAAUUUUGUUAGGUUUUAAUGUAUAGAAUAGUAUUGCAUUUGGUCAACAAUUUCAAAAUGAAUUUUAGAUGAUUCAGACUAACAUUCUCCACCCAAUAUUUUAAAAAUAUAUUGAAAAUCACAGUAUAAAUGCAGUUUUUUUUUUAACUUUGAAACAAUUGUAAAUGUAUUUAUGUGAUAAGAUUAUAGUCCUUGUCCAUUUAUUGAUAAGCCAAUCUGGUAAAGUGAGAUAGUUAUUUGAUUUCACAAAUGGAAUUCAUAGAGCAGGUAAUGAAAUUUGUAUUUUUAGCCAAAGCCAACUUUAAAAUUGCACAUUUGGCUUAUAUGUUUUGGAUCAGCAUUUGCCUUGCAUUUUUGAAUAAAGGAAAUAGCAGAUGCUUCCUGUUGAACUGUCAAGAAUUGCAGUUUAACUUUUGUUGUUUUUCUCUCAAACACAAAUUAGAAAUUACACACCAGACACAGCAUUCAUUUGUC